CCUUAUUUCGCAACCAGAAUAAUUUUAGAUUAUGUGUUAACCUAAAAAAAAAACCAAGAUGAAGGAAAUGAAGGUGCUAACCUCUCCAUAAUUGCAGCAAUUCGGCUUCACUAGAGCUCUCUGUUACGCGUACUAUCUUCAUGGAUUUUAUCUGAACGAUUGGCGAUAAUAUUGUAGAUUAAGAUAGAUCAGGUUUCUACCAUCCAUUUUGAACUGGAAUUAGAAGUGAUGGGUAUUUUCUUAAAACAAUUUAAGGCUGCAAAAGCCUGAAUUAAGAAGUAUACAACCUUUCUUCAAAUUACAGAAGGCAUAGGAGGUUGUUUGGUGUCAUAAAAGGAAAAGGGGCAAUGAAGUGAGAAAUGUUUUCGUAAUUGAUGUGUCUUGGGCAUCAUGCAAAAGUUCAGCCAAUGGAAACUGCUGUCCUGGGUAAGCAUUUUCUCAAAUUGAUACCCAAAACAAAUAUGAAAGAAAAACCUUUCAAGUUCAUACUCUUCUCCUAGGUCAUUAUCACCUCGCUAGUUACUGCACGAUCCACUCAUGGUUAACCACAGCAUUCUUUCUUAUACAAGUAGAUUUAGAAUUUCAUGGCAUGCAUUGAUAAUUGAUACUUCAAAGAGAGAAAUAGUCAGAAUGAUAUGUCUCGGUAAUCUGCAAAGAGGGAUAUGCAUGAUGAUCACUGUUUGGUUGAGUUGGGAAGAGGAUACACUUUAUGUUGACACCCUCUAUUCUGUGCCAAAACAUGGAGGAUUCUGGAUAGGAGGGACUGCAGCAUACAAUGAAAUAAAUUCAGGCUGCAGGCAAGAGUCUUUCAUGCUACAGAGAAUAUCAUGGUGAAUAAUGUGCGCUUCAGUGAAUUUAGGAAUCAAUGUCUCAAAAGAGAUAUCUUAAUUGAACUAGUUUUGCUGAUAUCUUUCUCUACUGAAUUGAAGGACAGACUGUUGUUUGUAAGUUUCUUAGAGAACCUUGAUACUAAUAAUAAUGAGCAUGAGGCAUUGCCUUUUGCAGCUUUAGCAAUAGUGGAUGUUUAUAAACCCAGAUGCAAUAAAACUUCUGAUUAGAAUUUAGUAAUAUAAGUAUGAGAACAAAUUUGGGUUUUGACAUCAAUUUAUUGUCCAGCAACAAAAAUCAAGACAUUCCUACUUUUCAAUUUUGCUGUUAUCUGAUAUAAGGCCUACUCGUUAUGCUAUGGCAUUAUUUCUGGAGAACAAACUGUUGGUUGUAUGAUUUUCACCUGACUAGAGGAUAGCCUUGGGUUUGUCCAACGAGGAAUUAUACUUGGUGCUUCUAAAAUGUAGACCACGUAACUUUGGCAUCUCAUAUAUGUUGCACGGUCUGAACUGUGAACUCUGAGCCUAAUUAAGUACAAGUCAAAAUACACAGUGUUUUGAAAAGAGAGAUUUGUAACUUUUUCUACCCAUGGAAGACUUUGAUGGUUCGUCGAGUUCUGACUGCUGACAUAUGCAGUUUUCCAAAGCGUCAAAGCUAAGGUUCAAACCCAUUCAAUAUGAUGUUUAACUUGGAUUCGUUAUUAGUGAGCGAAGGAGCUCUUCCUUCUUGACUGGUUAAGGUGGACUGGUGACCCUGUGUGUGUUUCUAUUGAGGCAGUGUAUAUCCUCACCAUCCCAUCAACCAUGGGACAAAAGCUGCAUUCUUCUUGUUGCCUCCAAGUGUAGUUGUGCUUGCUCAUUGAAAAGAAUGAAAAGCCUAAGGUCACAUUGAUGAGCCAUAAGUGGUGGAAGUGGAACUUUUGUCGUGUGCCAUAUAUUGAGUGAUGCUGAUAUUAUCUUAUUUGGUGACUAUGUGACUUCAUGAAGGAGCAGGUGCCUAAUGUUUAUAUUUUGUUGAGAGGCUUGUCCGGGAUGCUAAGAUAUGCAUUCCUGGAAGUCUGGAACUAUGCAACUUAUCCUCAGAAGCAAUCACAAUGGUCAGUUUGUUAAGGAUGCCAACUGCCAAGAUAUGCAUUCUUGGUAUCAAGAAAUUGCAAAGGAAGAUCUGCAUUCUUGCUGGUGCCAAGAAAUUGCAAAGUUGAUAUGGUCACUAGUAAGACUUGCCUUGUUAAGCACCACUCAGACUUGGCUAUAAAAAUCCAGCAGCAAGCACCACUAUUUUAAGUCUUCAGAAGGUAAAUCCAUAAAAGCACAUCUUACAUAAUUUGAGACACUUUCUUUGGUGUUGUUAUUUGAUUGGUUAAGCCCAUCCUCAUCAAGCAUUACACCAGUAUGUGAAAAGCCGUACAGGUUCAUUAGAAAGUGCGACGUACGAAACAAAUAUCUAGAGUCAUGGCAGAUAUUGCAGUUGGGCUUGCUAUUCAAUUGUUGAAAUCAUUGAUCGAAGAAGCGUACUUGGUGUCUGGUCUACCAAAUGAAAUAACGACUAUAGACAAGGAACUAAACAUCAUAUUAGCUUUUCUGAAGAGCGCCGAAGAGAGAGCUGAGGAAAAUAGUGGAGUGAAAGAGUGGGUGAAGCAAGUAAGAAUCCUGGCUUAUAAUAUUGAAGAUGUCAUUGAAGAAUAUCAACUAUCCCACAAAAAGGGUCGAUGGGAUAAUGUCAUGCAGAUUUGUACGCUGCAUUCGAGGAGCAGGGUCAAGCGCUUACGCGAAAGGGCAUCUGAGCUUGGUAAGCAGAAAGAUUCCUACGGAUUGAAUGUUGUUGGACCAGGACAGUGCAGCUACAAGGAUGCUCAACUGACUAUAUCUUCUAUGUGUAUCGCUGAAGAAUUUAAACUUGUUGGUACUGAAAAGCCUAAAACUGAUAUUAUUGAUAAAAUGGGUCUCAAUAAGCUUGAUUCGAGAACCUCUACAUUAACAGUGGUGGGCAAGAGAGGACUUGGAAAGACAACCAUUGUUGGGAGUGUGUAUAAGGACACAAUAGUAAGUGAGUACUUCCCCUUCCGUGCUUGGGUUGGUGUAUCCCAAUAUGGCAAUACUUUGGACAUGUUUAAGAGCAUAGCGAAGCAAUUGUAUGAUACAGGCCGAGAAGCCCUAGAGCGUUACAAGGAAGCUGGCAUGGUAGGUUUGGGUCCCAUAGCGCCAGGCCGAGAAGCCCUAGAGCGUUACAAGGAAGCUGGCAUGGUAGGUUUGGGUCCCAUAGCGCCAGGCGAAGUAGAUUGUCUGGAUGAAGAUUCCUUGAUUUGUCGUGUACAGAAGUUUUUGCAGGAGAAAAGGUACAUGGUUGUUUUUGACGAUGUCGAAGACAUUAAGGUGAGAGAGUUAGUGCGUGCAUUACCUUCUAAUGAUAAAGGUAGUAAAAUAUUGAUUACUACACGGAGCAAGAAUGUGAGUCGUGAAUUUGAUGCUGAAUAUGAGGUCGAGCCUUUACCUCUCGAUAUGGCAUGGGAGCUUUUCUGCAAGAAGACCUUUCAAAGUGAUGGUGGAAAGUGUCCUGGAUGGUUGGAGGCUCGUGCUAGGGAAGUCCUCAAUAAAUGUGAAGGAGUGCCACUCAUAAUAUUGGCAAUAGGGCGUCUUUUAUCUACCAAGCCAAAUGAUGUCAGUGUAUGGGAAAAGGUGUGUCAUGGCCUUGGGCAUUGCUUGGAAAGCCCUGAGCUUAUGGGAAUUCAUAAAAUCCUUAUCCGCAGCUAUUAUGAAUUGCCCCAUAGCCUAAAGCCUUGCUUUCUGUACUUUGGAUUAUUUCCAAAAGAUUAUCAUGUUGAUAAGAUGAGACUUAUUCGCUUAUGGAUAGCUGAGGGUUUGAUAAAAGAAAAACGCGAUUUAACACCGGAACAAGUUGCAGAAGAAAAUCUGAAUGAACUCCUCAGUUUGAGCAUGGUUGAAGUUGUAUCUAAAGAUUCCAGCGAAGAACCUAAAACCUUGCGAGUCCAUGAAUUUCUGCAUGAGAUCAUCCUUUCCAAGUUGCAGGAGUUGAGCUUUUGUCAAGUUCUUUCCACAAAGUAUUCUGAUACUGACGCUAUUGAAGAUCCUCGUCGAUUGUCCAUCCACAAUGGCGAUAGCGAUAAAGCAUGUAAAGUUUUGGAGAGUAUCAGUAGAUGCAAGUCUAAGUCCAACAUUCGGUGUCUCCUGAUAGACCCAGCAGAAAAAAUACUUCCCAAGGUGCUUAAUAAAGAAUUUAUUAGGAGCGUUCACCUACUGAAAGUUCUUGAACUGAGGAAUGCUCUCAUCACUGAUAUUCCCAAGGUGGUGGGAGAGCUACUCAAUUUGCGGUAUUUAGGCUUGAGAAACACGGGAGUUAAGAAGCUUCCAAGCUCCAUAGGUAAGCUUGAAUAUCUCCAAACAUUGGAUUUGAAAGGAACUCAUAUUUACAAGCUCCCGACUGAAAUCAAUCGGCUCCACAAGCUACGUCAUCUUCUUACUUACAGCUACAACUAUAAUUUUGCAAUAAAUCGCCAUAUGUCGAUGCUGAGGGGAGUCGACAUUCCAGAAGGGGCGUUGGGGGGGUUUGUGGAGCUACAAAAGCUGGCAUUCAUUGAUGUAAGCCAUAAAACUGGUGUGAUGCGUGAACUUGAGAAUUUGACGCAAUUGAGAAAACUUGGAAUCAUGGGGCUCAAGACAGAAGAUGGAGGACAUCUUUGUGGUGCAAUUACACUGAUGGAAAGCCUUCAGACAUUCAGCGUAUACUCCGAAAAUAAGAGUGAGAUUGAUCUAGAGCGAUUGAAAUGCCCUCCUCUAACCCUUAAACGUCUCUUCCUGAAUGGACUCUUAAAGAGUUUCCCUAGAUGGAUCUUAGACAUCCACAGCCUGGUUAAAAUCCGUUUAAGAUGGUCAAGAUUAUUACGUAACUCUGAACCUCUUCAAAAUCUAGGCAAACUGCCUAAUUUGGUGGAGCUUCAAUUGUUAGAGGCAUAUGAUGAUGACACCCUACAUAUAGAAAACCUGGGGUUUCAAAAAUUAAAGAUUUUGAAUCUUCUUGAUUUGCGUAAUCUGCGGCGGUUGCGUAUCGACGAAGGAGCUUUCCCUCUCCUAGAGGAAUUGUCGAUUGGGGAAAGCCCACACCUGGAGGUGCCCUCUGGCAUCGAGUGCCUUACUAGGCUAAAACUCCUCAAUUUCUUUGGCAUGUCACAACGUUUUAUUGAUUGCUUUUGUUGCAGUGAGCAAUAUGCUUCAAUUGUCAAGCAUGUACCUGAUAUCUUAUUCCAACAGGAGCAUAACGGGGCAUGGGUCACUUACUUUUUAUGAUGGAGUGAUGCAGAAGCAAAAUCAAGGAGCUACUAAUAAGUGCUCUAUAUUAUAUUUGAUAAAGAUCAAGCUUCUUCCUAAGACUAUACAAGAUAGGGAAGGCAUUUCUCCACUUCAGUGUGUUACUUGACAAGUCAUAUUGGAUACCAUUCGCUUAGAUUCACUUGGCAAGUCAUCCUUGGUUUUGUUUUGUUACUUGGCUAGAAGAAUAAGCAGACUUGCUACUCAUCUUUCAUUGCUUCCUAGUAAACCACAUGGUUUUACCUCACUCUUAAAAUGAGGGUUUUACAUGUUGGGAGUUGUAAUGUCAUUAUUUUAGUUGUAAUUUCAUUAUCUCCAGCACAAUACAUGACACAUUGUUACCAAAAGUGUUUGUGGCACUGAGCACUGAACCAUGUAAGAGUAUGAGAUAAUGAGACAUUGAUGCUUGCAUAAGUUUCCUUAUUUUGGUAGGUUAAUGUCUAAUUGUUAUUUUUAAA